AAAUUACGAAAUAACCUGUUGAAGAAUGCUGAUAUGAGCGGGACGGCGCGAAGUCUCUAUCCUUCUCUCUCUCUCACUCUCUCUACUGUACACAUCCGCGCACCUCAAUUCUAUACUAUAUAAUCUAUGCCCGUGGUGUGAGUUCAGCACGAAAAGAAUUUCAAAUUGUGUAAUGAUCGCUGUUCAAAUUGUAUAAUGGUCUCUGUGUCACGAAAGUUGAGUACAUGUAGGGCUUCAAUUCUCAUCCCAAAGUACUGUUUUCAACCACGAGAACCAAAACCAGAACAACCCUUCAUUCCCUUCUCUCAACUGCAACAGCGAAAGCUCUUAGAAUCGCGACUUGUCUCUGUUCUUGACGGCUGCAAUCACCUCAGCGAAAUCAAACAGGUACACGCCCAUGUCGUCCGCAAAGACCUCGAUCAGUGCUGCUUUGUUCUUACCAAACUCCUUCGCAUGGUCACCAAAGUUGGUGCUCCAAUGGAUCCCUAUGCGCGUCUUGUCUUUGAACAGGUGAAAUAUCCCAACCCAUUUCUUUGGACUGCGUUAAUUCGAGGUUAUUCUCUUCAAGAAUCAUUCAGAGAGUCGAUAUUUUUUUAUAGAUGUAUGAGAAGGGAGGGUACUUGUCCUGUGUCGUUUACCUUUUCGGCCUUGCUCAAGGCCUGUACUGUUUCUCUUGAUGUCAAUUUGGGUAGGCAGAUUCAUGCCCAGAUUAUAUUGAUUGGUGGGUUUACUUCUGAUUUGUAUGUUGGUAAUACCAUGAUCGAUAUGUAUGUGAAAUGUGGUUGUUUGGAUUGUGGGCAUCGUGUUUUCGAUGAAAUGACUAAAAGGGAUGUGAUUUCUUGGACAUCUUUGAUUGUUGCAUAUGCGAAGAGUGGAGAUAUGGAAGCUGCUGCUGGCUUGUUUGAUGGUUUACCUGUGAAGGACAUGGUAGCCUGGACCGCGAUGGUCACGGGUUUUGCACAAAAUGCUAGUCCAAGGGAGGCAUUGGAAUUUUUCGAGAGGAUGCAGGACGCUGGUGUUGACACGGAUGAGGUCACUUUGGUUGGUGUCAUUUCGGCCUGCGCACAACUGGGGGCACCUAAGCAUGCCAAUUGGAUUCGGGAUAUUGCUGAUAAAUCUGGAUUUGGACCUGAUAAUAAUGUUCUUGUGGGAUCAGCAUUAAUAGAUAUGUACUCGAAGUGUGGGAGUGUGGAGGACGCGUAUAAGGUAUUUGAGAGGAUGCAGGAAAAGAAUGUAGUCUCUUAUAGUUCAAUGAUUGUGGGAUUUGCAAUGCAUGGUCGCACCAGUGCAGCAAUGAAUUUGUUUCAAGAGAUGGUGAAGACAGAGAUAAAACCUAAUUGGAUUACUUUUAUAGGUGUGCUUACAGCAUGUAGCCAUGCAGGUAUGGUAGACCAAGGCCGGCACUUGUUUGCAAUAAUGGAGACAUGCUAUGGCGUGGCACCAUCUGGCGACCACUAUGCUUGCAUGGUGGAUCUCCUUGGCAGGGCUGGAUGCUUGGAAGAAGCCCUUGAGCUUAUCAAAACUAUGCCAAUGGAGCCCCAUGGGGGCGUUUGGGGAGCAUUGCUUGGAGCUUGUCGCAUCCAUGGGAAUCCUGACAUUGCUGAGAUUGCUGCUAGCCAUAUAUUUGAGCUUGAACCUAAUGGUAUUGGAAGUUAUAUCUUACUUUCUAACAUUUAUGCAUCAGCAGGAAGGUGGGAUGAUGCUUCAAGAGUUAGGAAGUUGAUAAGAAUGAAGGGUUUGAAAAAGAACCCUGCAUGUAGCUGGUUUGAAGUAGAGAAAGGGGUAAUUCAUAAAUUCUUUGCUGGAGAUAUGACCCAUCCAAAGUGUAGUGAGGUUAAACAUGCAUUGGAGGAUCUUCUGGAUAGAUUAAAGAAGGUUCAUGGUUACCAGCCAAACCUGAGUUCUGUGCCUUAUGAUGUGGGUGAUGAAGACAAGAAACGAAUACUAAUGGGUCAUAGUGAGAAGCUAGCUUUGGCAUUUGGGUUGCUAAAUACAGAUGCUGGUUGCACCAUUAGGAUCGUGAAGAAUCUCAGAAUUUGUGAAGAUUGCCACUUGGUUAUGUGUGGUGCAUCUCAGAUCACUGGUCGGGAGAUUAUUGUCCGGGAUAACUUGAGAUUCCACCAUUUCCAUGGUGGGGUAUGCUCCUGUGGCAACUUUUGGUGAUUGAAGUAAUACUGUCUUAAGCUGAAUUAUGUGGAUACGGUUUAAUUUAUGGUUACAACAGCAGCUUUUUCCUACUGAAUUCUGGCGGUGAAGAGUGUAGAAUGACAAAAAUAACAAUUCAAGGUUAACUCACAAUCACCUUCUUUUUGAAAAGUGAUGACUCUGGCUGUGACAUUUAAGUUGAUGCAUCAAUAACAACAGCGAUCAGGGACCAUAAAUGCUUGUUGUACUUUUGGCUAGUUGAUGGAGAAGGAAUUUCAACGAUGAAGGAAAGUCCUCGAAGGUUUAAUUGUGGUUGCACACUGACCAGCCAACUUGCAUUGAAUCAAUUUAGCUGACUUUAUUUAAUUCUUCAAAUGAGGCUGUGGCAAGCCACCUUUGCCUCCCCUGGCUCGACUGAUAUUGGAAUCUGCCCUGUCUCAACUGAUAUUGGAAUCUGCCCUGUCUCAUGGACGAAUGCUCAUUAUCGCACUGCAUUGUCUAGUCCAAUCAUCACAUUGGAGAGGAGAGGAUCAAUUCCCACCAUUUUUGCACACCUAGAGUUGGUAUGAGUAACCAUAAGUUAUGUGUGAAUUCGAUUAGUUUUCUCUUGCUAAAAUAAGAAACAUGCAUGCCAUUAGAUCAAGAGCAUGGAGGCUUGUAGUUAAUUGGUUCACAAACAGUGUCACAAAUGUCAGGCUUGUCCAAAUUGGAGCCAAGCCAGCUUGGCUUUGCAAACAUACAUCCCCCUUCAUUUUUAGUACCCUAAUUGCAACAAUGUGGUUCAUAUUUUGACAUGUAAAGUCUUUUUUUCUCUUCAUUCCAGCUCCAUCUUUAGGCCCUAAUGACCUCUUAUUUUCUUUGGAACCGACUCUUACCCUACCUUUCCAUGGUUUGACUAUUAAAUUCACGUAGAAGGAAGCAACAAUCUGAUAAAGUUAUAUUUGACUUUUUGUAAAGAAAAAGUCCAAUUCUAUGUGUAAAGCUUACCAAAAUUGGUUUUCUCUCUCCUACCCCUACACCAUCCUUCUCUUUAUGACAACAUGGAACCAUUUCAGUUGAUCCACUUGAGGAUUACAAUUAAUGCCCUUGCCUGUAGUCAACUGUCUGCUUCUAGAUAGGGAAGACCACUGAGAAUUUUUGCUCAUGUAUAUGGCUAUGUAGAUAAUUUUCACCUUGAUCUUUCUCCUUAAUAAUUUGUGACAAUUAUUUGGAUUAACCUCAAAGUUGCACCAAGAAAGUCUUCCUCUAAUAGGGUUUUCAAAUGGAGUGUUUAACCAUUCCUUAUCCAUUUUAAGUUCCUAAAAUCUUUCCACAUGAUAAUAUAAAAUAGAAAUUUCCAAUUAAUCACAACAGUCCCACUUGUAAAUUUCCGAUGAUCCAUAAAGAACUAGUUUGUCAACUGUGUCAACGUAUUUGUUGCUUGCCUAGCCUUUCCAAGGCAGCAACUAUCAAGUCUUUUUUUUUCUUUUUUCUUUUUUUUUUUUUCUUCCUUUGU